GGACACAAAACUUUCAAUCGAAAAGUGUGCUUUAGCUGAGAAAACGAGCUUGACAUAACCAUGGACUCGAGACGAGAGGAAUAUUCCAGAAAUGACGAGAUCACUGGCAAUUUAGAAAAUGGUUUAUUGUGCGAGACUUGUGCGCAGAGUCUUGAAUUAGAUGAUGCAAGGGCUGGGGGUGUUCGUACGAUAUCCCCAAAGAAUGGCAAAGCUGUAUUUUCUUUUCCCACCAGGGAUUAUGUCAAUUGUGUUGAGAAUGGUACCCAGAGCGAGCCUCGUCUUGUCACUUUGCCACUUUUACCAGAGUUGUCAGACGAAUGUAGAUUCUGCUGCAAGGUCAAAGCCGAGUUCGACAAAGCUUACGGUCCAUUUGAUUCAUGGCAAUCACCAAUGCAGCAGGCUAGCUUCCAGGUGCAAUAUAAAUGGGCACGAAAAGAAGAUUUUUUCGACCAUGAUGGGGAUACCUAUGAUAGCUUAAAUAAACUCGAGCUCACUCUUCAUCAUCCUUCUCAUAAAGAUAAGAUAGUUCAGUUCUAUGUUGCGGCAUCAUCAUUAGAUCCAUGCCGAGAAUGGCUAGGCAUUACAAAGAUACCACUGGAAGAAAAAAGCGAAUUUACGGAAAGGAAAGCCAUUGUUGUCCAGGAUUGGGUAAAUAAAUGCGCUCUUAACUCUGAAUGUUCUAGAAUUUCUGAGUUUUUUCACUCAUUCUUCGUUCCAUCUCGGUUAUUAGAUAUCGGAAGUAGGGAUAGUAAUGAUAACUUCAUCAAAUUGAUCGAUACCGAAACAUCAGAUCUAUUAUAUGACGCUCCUUUCCUCAGAUACAUCUGCCUGAGUUACUGCUGGGGUAAAGAUGGAAAGCUUCUUAGGACAACCACAGAAAACAUGAAACAAUACAAAGAGCGAAUAUCCAUUGAUUCUAGUAUGCCACUAGUUUUUCGCGAUGCGAUUUCGGUGACUAGGAAGCUUGGAAUUCGCUACCUUUGGAUUGACGCCCUCUGCAUUAUUCAAGACGGCGACCAUGGCCAAGACUGGGCUGAACAAUCAACAAUGAUGGGAGACGUCUUUGCUCACGCAUGGAUGACUAUCGCAGCUGCUGUACCAUCUUCUUGUCAUGAAUCUCUGUUCCACCCACGGUACAAUAAUUCCAUCGAAGUAGGAUUUAAAUCAUCCAUAAAUCCAAAGAUUUCCGGUGAUCUCACAAUAAUCCUCACUCCCUGUGGAAGCAGCUUAUUAAACAACGACAUGCAAAAUUCUAGAUGGAAUAGCCGAGGUUGGGUAUGGCAAGAGCAAAGGCUGUCUCAACGGCUACUUGUCUUUGGUAAAUAUAUGUUGCGACUUAGGUGUCACAGUAGAGACUUUACGGAAGAUGACGAACAUCACAUGUAUUGGCUUCCUACUGAAUCAGCAUUUUUCACCGAUGACCUUAAACAUUGGAGUGUAAUAGCUCUAGAAUACUCUAAGCGACAAUUGACCAACCCUGGCGAUAGACUAGCAGCAAUCUCAGGAUUUGUCAAAUUGUUGACUAAAAGAAACAAACAUACAGGGAAGCAAGUGAAAUAUUUGGCUGGUAUCUGGCUUUCUCCUGAUAUUCCUCUUGGAAGACAACUACUCACGAUUGAGUCAGCUCCAUCUCUGUCGUAUUAUGAGCUUCUGGAAAAACAUGCGAAUCCACAGAGAUACCUCGCUCCGUCUUGGAGCUGGGUAUCUUUUAACGCAAGCAAUUAUCUUAGGCCAAGAAUUAGUGAUAAAAUUUCUUUUAAACUAGCGGAUUACAAUAUUGAGCCCCUGUCAAGGACUUCAGAUGCUACAGUCGCUAUCAAGCCAGGAUCAUCCAUAAGUCUUUCCGGAAGACUUCGAAAUCAUCCCUGGACUUCCGUUGAACGCGACUAUGCCCCAAAAUUAGAGCUAUCUGAGAUAAAUGGCCAUAAGAGAUGCUCAAUUACAUACUUUAACCGCGUGGCGGAUGAUCAGAACGAACGGGCACCUGGAGCACGUUUGAACAGCUCAACUCGAUAUUUCAUAGAUUGGAUUGCCUCAUCUGAAGAUUUCGGAGGCAGGAUUAUCGACAGCAAGCUCAAAAUCUUUUUAUUAUAUGAAGAUAAUAAAAAUUCCGAGUGUUCGGCGCAAGGUCUUCUCUUGUUUCCAGUCGAAGGAAAUGGCUCGGAAAGCCUUGUAUACCGUAGAGUCGGGUGCUUCAUAACUUACGGUCCCUGGAAUUCGUCGGAUUGGGGGAAGUAUUUUGAAGUUACAAUCAUUUAGUUCAAUAGUUUUGCUUCAAGAGAUCUGUUGAUUGAAUUUCUAUACUUUUCAUAUAUUUGAACUAGGACAUAGAGAUGCCAGUAGCACA